AUGGCGGCGCGCGACGUGGGCGAGUGGGGGACGCUGCCUCCGUCUGCUCUUCCCUCCGAAAGGGAGAGACAGGAGCGAGAAGAGAAGAAACGGAUGCUGGAAGAGAUCCUGCAAGACCUGUCGGACGAUGAAGAGUUCGAUCGGCUUAUAUUGGGCGAGGCUCAGCCCCCCACAGCAGUGCAGGAAAGCCGCUCCGCCAGUUUGGCGGGUGGCCUACCGAACGCUCGAGGGGAAUCACGCACACUGCCGAGCUCCGAUGCUGGAGGCGGAACCGAAACAGCGACGCAUGCAAAAUCCUUUGGCCACGCAGAAAGAACAGAAGCCGGAGAUGAACGUCGGCGGCAACGGAACUCGCACUUUGCUGACGUGUCUGAACAUCCUGCACGGACUCCAAACGCUUCGCAGGCAGGUGGUUCUCCCAGCCGCGCUGACGCACACAACCAAGCAGCAGACUCGACAGUUGUUUCUUCUCCCGGGGUCGCCGCCUCAAAGGGGGAGAAGCCGGGCGGCGACGCCAGAGCGAACGCGGUCUCGAAGCUGGUUCGGACGGCGAGGACCGUCGAGGAAAUCUUGAACGACGUGGAGGAGGAAGAGGAGGAAGAGUGGAUCAGGAACCUUCUGCCUCCAUCUGCGCCUGCGGUGCAAACGGGGGGUUCCUCAGUCCGUGGCACUUUUCUCCCUCAGGGGGAAGACGCGCGUCAGCCUUCAGGUCGACGAGGCCUCGAAGCAGACCGAGCAGGGAGAACCCCGUCGAAGCUUUCGAGAUGUUUUCCUUCGUCCGGUUUCACGAACCCGCGAGGGUCCAGCUGUGGUUCCCAGGUCCACGGCGAACAAGAGAACGCGAAGGGUGAAGAUGCAUCCGCUUCGCGAAUGGAGAAGUGGGUAACUGGCGGGAUCUCCGGGCGUCGGCGAGCGCCUUCGUUCUCGCCCUCGCGUUCGACCUCUCACGGUGCCUUGCAGCGUCUGUCGUCUUCCGAGGGGGAGACGACGGAGCUGUCUUCUUUCUCUUCUCGGUCGGGUGUCUCUGUCUCUCGCUCCCGGUCAAUCUCCACCUCUUUGUCGGACGGCUCCGCCUCCACGGCGAGUGAAGCGCUGAGGCGCGUGUCUCCAAAGCGCCGACAGAGACGCCCGCGGUACAAGGACAAGACAGGUCGCGCACGGAGUCUCCUCUCGUCAGUCACUCGCGCGCCUCUUCCUUCUUCUCGCGCAGCUUCGCUUCAACUCCUCAGAGCCUCGCCGCUGCGCUGGACCUGCCGCGCGCAUGCCGCCACCUGGGGCGCGGAGGCUGCGCUCACGGCGGCUCUCGCGCUGGCCCGGGAAGGCGCCGUCGGGAUCUGGGACGAAGGGAGGGGGUGGAUGUCUGAGAGGCGAGACUCGGGAAAGCGCGACUCGCGACGCCAGAGAAGGCGAAGGCAUGCCCAGGAAGACCGCGAAAGGGAAGCGAUUCCAGAGCCUCUCGACAGAGUGGCUGCCGACAGCCUCCUUCCGCCUUCAUGUCGAGCAGCUGAGGCGGGAAGCAGCGAGAGAUCAAGCGACAGCAAAAACGAAAGAGGGACCCGUGAAAAAGUGUCAAGACAACGCUCAGACGACUCUGGCAAAGAGACACCUAGUCGCGGGGCCACGCAGAUCGUCCCGGCUCCGCGCCACUCUGCCAUGGGGCCGUUCGAUGCCGUCGCUCAAGGCUUCGCUUCGCUACAGUCUCUCGUGGCGUCUGUGGGCUUUCCCACGUGCUUCCACAGCUCGCAGAACCUGCUGGCGAUGGGCACCUCUCGAGGCUUUGCCCUCCUAGUGGAUGUGCAUGCGUUGCCAGUUGUCUCCGACCAGGACUCGAGACAGAGUUUCUCGUUCUUUUCUUCGUCCCAGGCGUUUCCUCUCUUCCUCCCGCCGGCGUCUGCUCGGCAGCAGGCCGCGUCGUCGCCGUCGAGUGCCGCCCCCUCGUCUUUUCUCUCGUUGAGUCUGGGCGAGAUCUCGGCGACAGGCGCACCCGAAGAGGAGAAGCUGGGAGCUGUCUCGUCCAUUUCCCUCUCCGACAGUCUCCGCUUUCUCCUCGUAGGCUACAAGAGCGGCGCGAUUGCGCUGUACGAGAUCCACGCCACCAAGGCGCAGCGCCAGCAGGUGCCGCCCGGGUGUACGUACACACCGCCGAACGCGAGCGACGACGCCAGUGCGUCAGACGCGUCUGCUGCCCAGGCCAAGGCCGAGCGCCUGCCGCUCCUCCGCGGGUACCAGGCCACGCUGCUGGCCUUGUCUAAGGACUCCGCAGGCUCCAGCUCCGGCGCGACGCCCGACAACGAAUCCGAUCAUUCCAGCCGCCCUGGGGAGACAGGAGGCGAAGCCUCACGAGGCCGCACGGGCAACGCCGCGAGCUUCAGCGGCGUCUCGCCCUCGUCUGCGUCCGGCGACCCGCGAGGCACAGACUCCAAAAAGGCGGAAAGCACCAAGAGCAGCAGCGUCUGCUGUCUCCGUUUCGUCUCCCUCGACCCGCGAGGGGAGUCAGGGCGUCGCAGGGCACCCGCGCAGACCGCCGCGUCGGGUCCCGGUGCGGCCUCGACCUACGGGUCCCACCUGUGGCCCGUGCAGUCUCUGGGCCGAGCGAGUGUGCUUCCGUCCGGGGCGCUCGCGGUCGCGCUCGCAGCGGACGAGCGCGGCGACUUGUUUGUACUCUCCUUCCAGAAAGCGUUUCUCUCCGUGGCGUGUGAGCGGCGCUUCGUAACGCCGGGCGUCCGAGCUCUCGGCGCGAUCCUCGACAUCCGCUGCCUGCCGCCGUGCCGUGCGGCCGUCGCGACCUCCCCUGGGGGCGCGGGCGUCCCCGCCGGCUCCAGAGUGCGGAGUGGCAACGCGGUCGAGCGCGGCAUGCGUGCGCUGCCGCUCCUUGGACACUCCGCCUCGGACGACGAGGGCGGGGCUGCGCCGUCGGACGAGCUCUGUGGCGACGCCCAUCCUGCGGACGAGGCCCAGCUCGUCGCUGUGGCGUGCAGCAACGCUGUUCUGCUCCUCGCGUUGCGGCCUCAGCCGUCCUUGGUUUACCGCGUGGACCUUCUCGUCGGGUCUCUCUCCGCCCUGGCGCAGGAGAGCGAGCGCGCUGAAGCGGAGAGAGAGGCUCUGAAGGCCGGUCGGACCGGGCGCGGCCGCUCGCUGCAGGCGGCGAAGCAGCCGUGCGCGCGACCCGAGCAGCGCACCGAUCCCAGAAGCAUGCACGCCUCUUCGUUCUCCUCUGUCGACUCGACGGUGUUCCAGGCCAGGGACGGCGAGGGACGGCGGGAGACGCUGUUCAGAGGUCGCGGACCCGAGAAGAAGAGUGAGAGCGAGGCAGCGCCGAGCCAAGACCCGCAGCACCAGACAGCCCUGCCGGAUCUUCCCUGCAUCGCCUGGUUGCGAGCCGCCGUCCACGAGAAGCGCCUGUUUGACGAACCAGUCCUCGCCGUGGGACUGUCAAACGAGUUGCAGCUGUUUGCGGUUGCCGCGUCGCGUUCGCGCGGCAACGGUCUCGAUGAGCCGCCGACCGACGGGCACAGGCUGGUCGUCGCGCCGGGGCAGCGAAUCUUCACCUUUGAGCACCGCAUCCAGAGUCUCGAGGGGAUCGGCGACUCCAUCGUCUGCGUCAUGAACUCUGUGAACAUGCUCGGCUUCUACCAGCUUGUGAAGAGACCGGCCGCGUUCACUUGUCCGUCUGUCGAGCUGGUUCUUCUCCAGCAAGUCGACGUCUCUCUCGCGAACCCGGUUUACUACCGGUUCACAGACGUCGGCCUCAUCAGCCAGCUGGUGCGUCAACAGCGCGAGAAACGGUGCGAGAAACGCGACGACCGCGGAGCGUCGCUCGCGUCGGCGACUCACGGCGGCUGGGCCUGGGGGCUCCUGGGCGGCACCGGCGAGAAGGCGAGACACCGGCUGCUCUUCGGGGCCAAGAGACCUGGGGAUGCCAACCCCGCGAGCAGACCCCUGGGCGAGGGCGACGAGAAGGCGCAUGCAGGGGGACAAUCGGAAGGACGAGGCCUUGGCGAGAACGCCGAAGUGCUUCCGGUCUUCGCCGCCUCCUACGCGAGGUCCCUUUCUCUUGGGUACGGCGGCAUCGCCCGCGAGAAGGCGUUGCUCGCGGAUAUCUUCUUGUCGGCUGAAGACGAAGAGCGCGGCGAUGCCGAGUCACGUGAAGGAACCGAACAGAGAAAGGGACGACGGACGGCACGGUGCCCGGGCGACGCAGGCGCCACAGAGGUUUGGGUUGUCGGUCUCGAGGGCCUUGUCGUCGUCCGCCUUCGCUCCUGGCUAGAGAUCGUCGAAGCGCUCCUCGCUCAAGGCCGCGGUGUGGAAAUUCUCUCCGUUGUGAAGUGUCUCUACGACGGCCGUCUCCCUCCGCUUCUCUCGUUUUCUUCGAACUUCCUCGUCCGCCGGCAGGCUCUCUCGCUCCGCGUUCUGGCCUCUUCGCUCCUUCGCGCCUUCUGUCUCUCCACGCUGAGGCACCGGCGCCUUCUGUCCUCUCUUCUCCCUUCUCUUCUCUCCUCGUCCUCGCCACGUGAAUCUUCCCUUGCAGUCGAGGACGGCGACCGGUUGUGGCUGGGCGUCGUCCGUCUCCUGGCGCUCUGCGCCUUCGAGCUCUCUGUCGCACUGCAGCUGUAUCCGCUCCUCAACGGCGCGAUUUUCCGCUCUUUCUCCAAGCUCCUGGACCAACUGGAAAGCGAGGACGAAGCUGCGUCUUCUCGCCAGGGGCCGGGUGGGAGCGGGGCGGGGACGGGAACGCCCGAGCGAGGAGCGACCGAGGCGCCCCGCGAGCGAGAAGGCGACGAAGGAAACGCGGGCGGCUCUGCAGAAGGCGUCUCCGUUCCGGUCGGAGACACAGUUCGACAGAUUUUCUUCUCUCUUCUCAUUCGGUACCUGGUCAUGGGAAAGCUCCCCCCGUCGGCCCUGGACCCCGGCGUCUUGACAGCUUUGUUCCCCCACCUUGAGGCGCAACUGGAGGCGACGAUUCAGGCUCUCGAGGGCGACGAGGAAGUGCACAGUCAAGCAAGGGACAGUCAGCAAGGCGUCAGCGUGGAGGGACGUGGUGCUGACGCGGAGAGAGGCGAACCUUCCCGCGGUCGCCUUCUGCUGGAACUGACACGACUCCUCGGCGCCGACGCGGCGGCGGAAGAGAGUCUGCUGGCUUCCCUCCUCGACGCGGCGAGGUCUCGCAGUCGCGCGGGCGAGCUGGGACGGGUCGGCGAAGAAGGCAGAACGCAGGAAGGCGCGGAGAGACUCGGAAACGCACUCCGCGCCCCUGGCCAAGACGGACGGCGUGAAGAACCUGUGGGCGCCCUGUCCCCCAGCGAGCGCGGCCGCAGCGGCCGAGCGGACAGAGACGAAAACGACGUCGCGCUGUUUGAUGCCGCUGGACACGAAGGCCGAGCGUGCGAGAAGCGCUUCUCCCUUCUUCGUCCACUAUACAUACACCUCGUCGCGACGGAGGCUCCAGCAAGCGCGGAGGUCUGCAGAGGCGAGGGAGCGGAGCAGCGACUCACGCGAAACCUACUCAAGUAUCGCCUCCUCCGCGCGCUUCUCCAGUUCGUUAUCAUGCGUCUCUUCGGCGUUCAAAUGCAGCGACCAGGAGGCCGUCCAAAGCAAGCAGACAGAGACGUCGACCACCUGUCCUGCGGAGACGAAGAGCGACUUGAGGGCGACGAGGCGGCCGAAGACCUCGCGGCGGAGAGUGAAGACGCAAGUCUGGCGGCCGCCGCAGGAGCCGUCGACCUCCUUCAGAUUCUCCAGCUCAUGUCUGUACACCGUAUGUGGCUCGGCGUCUGCUUAACAUACAGCAAAGCGUUUUCGGAUUUUCGCACGCCUCUCGAGCUCCUGAUCGGCGACGCUUACCGCGUUCAACACACCAUCUUCAAAAAGUUCAUUCUGGGGCUCCAAAACGCGUUGCCGUCUUCCUCGUCCGCCUCGUCUCCUCCCCAGUCUGGGGGCGACCACGGGGAGAGACGGCAGGGAGACUCUGGGGCACUCUCGGCUGCGCCGGAAGGCUGGGCGACGUGUGUAGGGUCACUUGGUGCACUGCCUCUUUUUGUGCCUCCGGGCGAUGUGGAGAAUCUCCGCGCGACACAGGAGCUCUUUUUCUUCCUCUUUUCAACCUCUCUGAAUCUUCCGUAUCCCCUGCAUGGGCUGCAGCCAGGCCGAGACUCUCGCAAGUGCUGCGGUCUGGAGGACGCCGACCCUGGCGCGGACUGGAAUCUUCCCGCGCACGGAACGCCGUCGUUGGCGGAGAGGCGCGCAGUCGGCCUGCUUUGGCAGCGGGGCGCCUGUUGCGAGCUCGCCCGCGACGUGCCCAGACGGAGGCGCGAAGUGUCUCCUGCCGGUGCGUCUCCCUCUCCCGCCGGCGCGUCUCUCUCUCCUCCGUCGCUCUCUGCGUCUCUGUCUCCUGCGCUUCGCAGCGUUCUUGAGUACUUGUUUCGGCGCUCUUCUGUUUCGCUCGAGGCUCUCAGCGCACGCUUGGACUUCCUCUUCUCGCCUGUUGCGGCUGAGUGCGGGUCUGGCCCCGGCGGAUCUCUCGAAGAGCGAGACGAGCAGCGACGGCCGCCGGGGUGGAGCUCGCCGCAAAUCUUCAAGCGGCUGAUCAUGAUGUCACCUCGGUCGACCUUUCAUCUCUUCUCGACAUUGCUGCUGGCGCAUGCAACUGCCUUGCCCACUGGCUCAGUGGCGGCGCCGCCGUUUCCUGCUGCCGACGCCCCGCCCGGCGCGCCGUCUGUGGAGACUGAAGCGAAGAAGGAACAGCGAUGCGUCGCUCUCUCUGUCUUGAGUUUGCUUCUUCCCGCAAUUGCCGACUGCGUCGUCGAUGCAGCGACUCAGUAUCGGACCUACUCGACCGCCCUUGAGACGCUCACAGCUGCGCGUGCCGACCUGCAACGCGCCGGGGCCCCGCGAACUCCCCGCUCUUUCCCCUGUCCUCCAGGUUCGUCUUGUCUCCAGCUCUCGUCCUCGGCGGAGUCUCCGUGUGGAGAGGACGGCGUCGAGGCACUGGCGCAGCUGACGCGGGAGCUCCGCGCCACGGUACAGGACAUGCACACUGUGUUGUGGCGGUUGCUGGUUGUCGGGUUCUUCGCCCUGCGCGCCUGGCUGCCGCCUCUGCCUUCCCUGCGUCGCGCGCUCCUCCGCUUUCUCCUGCUUGACGCGCCCUCGAGUCUCUGUCUCCUUCGCCUCCUCGUCAGUCGACCCCUCUCUGCGCUCGAUGAACAGCGGCUGUCUGCGCUCCUGCCGUCGACAGCGGAGCCAAGCAAAGCGAUGCGCGCACAGUCCCACCCUGCUCACGACCCCAGCGCCGCGCCUGCCUCGUCUUCCUCUCCUUCAUCUCCUUCCUCUUCCUCUUCUUCCUCUUCCUCUUCUUCAUCUCCUUCCUCUUCUUCUUCUUCAUCUCCUUCCUCUUCUUCGCUCUUUAGGCCUUGGGCGGCUAGCGACCGCGAAGUGCUGUUGCUGGCGGUGUUGGAUCGAGAGGCGGAGGAGGCGCGGCAGCGGGCGCGGCGCGCGGGCCAAGACGAGAGGGGAGAAAUCCGAAGAGCUUUGAGUCUGUACGCGAGCGAGCGGGGGCUUAUGGUCUCCCGGCGCUUCCUCCGAGCUGCGGCGCUUUUGUACGAAACCGAGGGCGACUACGACGAAGCGCUCGGCCUUUGGAUUCGCGCCGGCGGCCAGGCGGCGCCCGAGGGCGGCACGGAGACGCCGCGAGGCCUGCGAGACAGAGGAGAGGGAGGUCAGUCAGACGCCUGCAGCGACACAGGGUCGCGGGCCGUAGAGGGGCCGAUCGGGCAGCCGCCAGACGAACCGCAGGACGUUUUCGUCUUCAUUCGUGCGCUGCUCUUGGGCGCCCAACCGAGGGCGAACAACGGCCUCGCUUCCGGUGACGAAGGCGAUGAAGGGGGCGACGAGGCGCGAGGGCGAGCCGCGCGAAACGGAGACACCAGCCUGCCGUGGCGGGGACUCCUUCUCGACCGACUACGGUUCCUGCGCGCGGUGUCUCGACACCUGCCGCAGCUCGUCGCAUUCAACUGCACGAAGAGCGCUCGGCUUAUAUGCGAUAUCUUCAAAGUGCAGCAGGCGCUUGCCGGUCCGCCGGUGACUGAGGCAGAUCCGAGCAGUCUCGCGCGGCCAGGCCCCCGCGGGUUCGACGCGAUCAAGAGCGAGAAGGGGAAAACGUCUGCAGGCGUCGGCGAGGACGCACCCAGCAGCCUCGUCCUGUUCCAGAGUCCAAGCGCCAUCGUCGACCUCCUCGACGCGCAUCCGAGACUCCAGCUGCAACUGCUCGAGGCUCUCGUGCGCCAGAGCGACGACGAGGCUGACGGCAGCAAUUCUUUCUUCGCCUCUCGCGCCGAACAAAGGACGUUCGUCCACAGUCAACUCGUCAGGUACAUCCGCCUCCUCUGUCAGCACGACCCUCGGCGCGUUUGCCAAGUGCUGCAGCAGCAGGAGCGUCUGCCUCUCGCUGCGUGUCUCCGCGUCUGUGAGGAAUUUCAAGUCCUCGAUGCAUGCGCGUAUCUCCUGGAACGGGCAGGGGAUUUCCAGGGUAUCGUUCGUCUCUUUCACCACUCCUUUUCUCAAGGUCUCGAACGCCUGCGGUCUCUCUUCCUCACUCCCGACUUUAGCAUUCUUCCGCUGCUUCGCGCGCUGCUGCCGCGUUACCCCCCCAGUCAUCCGAUUCACCGCCUCGCCAACCACUGUGGCGAGGGAGACUACCAGCGCGACUCCACCCACUUUGCCUUCGCGCGGGGGGUGAACGCAGAAGGCCCCGCGGAAACUCGGAAGUCGCGGGGCCGCGCGAGCGCUGGAUGGGCGCCGUUUACCCCCCACGCGACGCAGGCAGGCCUGGACGAAGGCGAUCUCCCCCCGAUGAUGCUGUCCGCUGGUCGCCGGCCCUCUGGGGCUUGUGGGGUGUAUGUACACUCGCCCAUCUCGCCUGCGCGCGACGCUGGGUUACCAGAGGAGCUCGCGGAUCUCCUUCUCCCGUUUUCAUCUCGGCAGUCGCCCGGAGACGACGCGCCGGGCGCCGCCGCGCUUGCGCCCGUUGCGGCUGGCUUCCCCGGCUCAGCGUCUCGGCGCGAGAGCGACAGGCGAAAGCGGGAAGGUCUUGCAGCGCGAGGCGCAUCCGCAAUCUUCUCGUCUUUAGAGGACGAACAGGGGCGACAGGCGGUCUGGUGGAUCCACAUCGAAGAGGUCGGAUCUCUCUUCCGGCUGAUUGAGGUGGCGAGUUGGAUAGGCAACCGAAAUGCACACCUCCUGCACAAGCAACAGCUGGAGGAUCUCUGGUUCGGGCUCCUCACUCUGGUUGUCCACGCCCAGCAGGCCUUUCCGCAGCUGCUCAACUCCGUCGGUUCAGCUGCAGCUUCGACGGCAGCUUCGGCGGCGGCGGUCUGCGAAGCGAGCGAGCGAGGCGGCGAAAGUGCGCCCGGGGGAAAACGAAAAAAGGGAGAGCGAAAGACGCUCCGCGGCCUCCUCUACGAGUUGGUCCUCUCCGAGCUCCUCUCCGCCAUUCUGCAUGCAGGAGUGAUGACCAUCGCCUCGCUCCCCGAAACGCUGAAGCGAAUCACCAAAACUCACCGGCGCAUUCAGCUGGCCGUCUUCAAGCGACCGCUCGCGAGUAUGCUGAGGGGUUUAUCUUACCAACAGAGCUUGCUGGACGCGUAUUCCUCCCUGGCGAACGCAGACACUUCAGCGUUGUUUAGCCAAGUCGAGGCGGCGCGCCGGCGAGCGAUCGCGAUCAACGUUGUCUCUGCAGGGAACGCUGUCUCUUCCGUGUCUUCGCAAGCCACGCUGACUUGCUCGGCGUGUCACGGCCACCUGCUGCUCCCUCCGCCGCCAAGCACGCAUGCAUCGCUUGUCGCCGGCAGAUCUUCCCAUUCGUCGCUAGCUGCGGCCUCGCGCCUUGCGCCUCGAAAGCCGCUUCUUCGCUCUUCGGGAGGCGGAGGCGGUGCGCAGGCGUACUACGCGGCGACCUCUCGAGGCGACGGGCCGUCGCGCGUCGUCUGUCGCUCGUCCGCCGACAAAGUCCGCCAAGGCCCAAGUCCAGGCGCCAUUGCAGCCUUCCUCUGUGGACAUCUGUUCCACUACGCCUGUCUGCGAGAGGGCGAAAAUCCCCUCGAGAUCGCCACGUGCACUGCAUGCGUCGCAGUCGAUCUCGGACUCAGCUGGCCCGCGCGAGACGUCAGCAGAACGCGGCACUGUGGAAGCAAAGCGAGGCUCGGAGAGUGA